CCGAAUUUAUAGCUAACACUCAACAGUGGCAUUAAUAAAUAUGAUUUAUAAGUAUUCUUUAAUAAUUACAGUGCUACCUUGACAUUCUAUUAGUUUAGCUACAAAAACUUUCUCUAAUUUCAAUGUUGAAAGUGAGCAAAAAUCAAUUAAAUGAUUAUUUUUAUGAUAAACCUUUCAAAAGCUAAUGAAUUGAUGACAAAUGAAGUGUUUUUUAUGAUGAAUUAAAGCUUUGGUAAAUUUAUUGUUGAUAGUUGAUAUCAAAAGAAUAAUUUAAAAGGAUUCAUUCUAUUGGAAUAUUUGUAAUCAGUCACUUAGUAUCUUCAACAUUAAUAUCAAUAAAAUGAGUACUGUCGUGGGGGCGUUUUUAAUUUACAUGUAUUGAAGUCCACUUUCAUCAUGAUAAAAAGUACUAUGCUGACCAUGAUUGGGAUUGUGUGCAAUAGUUCUACAUUUUUUAUAAAUGUAUAUAUUUUUUAAUUGUAAUAAUGGAAGGAAUUAAUGGACAGCUGCAAACUAAGUAUCAAAAAGUAGCUACGGAAUACUCAAAGAUACGUGCUCAGGCAAGUGUUCUCAAAAAGGCUGUGAUUGAUGAGCAAACACGGAAUUCAGAACUCAAAGAACAGUUGAAGGAGAAAGAUGUAUUACUUCGUCGUGCUGAACAAGAAUUAGAUAGUUUAACAUUUCGUAAUCAACAGUUGACAAAAAGAGUAACAGUUUUACAAGAAGAACUUGAGAAGUCACAAAGUAAAUCUAAAAAAGGAAGAAAUAAAUCAGCUGAAAAUAAAGAGCAACCUCCACCACCUCCUAACCAUGUUUAUGUUGAAGAAUUCCAAAAGAAAAUUGUAGAAAAUGCUCAACUAUUGUCUCAAAUAUCAGACAAAGAUAACGAAAUUGAAGAACUCAAUGACAGAAUAAAACAUCUUGAAUGUAAGCUAGAUUUAUCUGAAAAGUCUAAAAUAGAAUUAGAUAGUAAAUACCAAGAGAAAAUUGAUAGAUUAGACAGAGAAAAAAAUGAAUUACAGAGGAAACUUACUGAACGUCAAAAGCAUGAUGAAACUGCUUCUUGGUCAAGUAUUGAAGGAAAAUGUAGCUAUGAUUAUGAUUUGAAAGGAAAUAUAACGAAUCAUCGUCAAAUAGAUCAUUCUCCGUUUUCUUCACCAUCUGUAUCUCGCCGAUCUUCGAAAUCAAUGGGAGAUGUAAGACUUCAAAAAACACCUGAUUUUCAAGACGAAACAAAUAACGAAUUCGAAUUUACAAAAAUCUGUGAUUUGGAAAAAGAAUUGAGUCAGUAUAAAAGUGACUAUCAUAUUUUAAAAAUAAAGUAUGAUGAAUUACAACAAAAAGAGAAUGUGAUGCAACAAAUAGGAGUAGAAUCGUUGGAACCAAUUGAAAUAAAUAAUAUGAUUGGGACUUUUAAAGCACCAUUCGCAAUACCUGAAGAAAUUGAAGCUCGAGAAGGAAAAAUAAAGGAAUAUUUUUUAAAGGAAAUUGAUAAAUUAAUAAACGAAAAACAUAUUUAUCACGCUAAAAAUCUUGCCAUAGCUGCCAAUAAUCAAGUAAUGAGUGUUCAUUUAGAUACAAGUGAAGAGAAGAGGGAAAAAUGUGAAGCAGCAUUAAGAGAGGCUUUGUCAAACUGGAAUAGCUCCCAAGAAGAUAAAGAAGUUCAAGAAGGAAAUUAUAAAGCACAACUAAGUACAAUGACGGAACAUCUUGCAAAUAUGAAUGAGAAGUUGAUCCGACAAACUGAAGAAAUACAACAAUUGAAAUAUGAACUUGGAAACAAAAAUGGAAAGAAGGGUAAACAAAAAUAACUUUCACUGUCAGCAUCAUCAAGAGAUGACAUUCCAUUAAUGAAAAUUUCAAUAUAUUACAAUUUAUGUACAUAAUUCGGUAUAUAUAUUAUACGAAAUAUCAAAUUACUAUAACAUCGUAUCCACAAUACAGAUACGAGUUCUUUGACUCAGCAUUAAAUAAUUUAUGAAAAUAAAUUAAUUUUCAUUUUAUCACUUGUGUUUUAAUGCAAUUAUCUGAGCAUAUUACUUGUUAUUAAUAAAAAUAAAUUAGCUUUGCGAUGUUUUAUUUCUAAUAAUUCGUUCAAUUUUAAGUAGCAAGCAUAUAGUUUCUUGGUCACUGAAAUAUUGUGCCUAAUUCAUAUUGUUGUCAAG